UGUCAGGUUGAAUCACUUUCAUACAUCUCCACACGCGCCGAUCCUGCGCGUCUCAUAAAAUCCUUCUUGUUCACGAGGGAAUCCCUCCCGUUGAAAUCGGAACCGGUUAUCACCGUUAAAGCUGUUGUACCACAUGAUGUAAUAUCUUGUACGAUCUGCAAAAAAAAAGUGUAAAUCUCGCAUCAGGACUUGUACCCUGAGAGGUAAAAAUAAAGUCCACUGUAGUCAGAUUUCUUCAUAGCCAUUUGACAGAUGAGAGAGACAGAGGUACUUUAUGUGCAGAAAAAUACGUAUAAAUUUAUAGAUACAGAUAGAUAUAUCUAAAUGUGCGCCUGUACAUACAUUUAAAUAUUCGUAGAGAGAGAGAGAGAGAACGAGUGAUCGAGGAUUGGACAGAGAAGAGAGUUUUAGUGUGAAAAACUGUUCGGAUUGGUAUUCCUCGACCGCCUUGAAGUUUCUUCAGAAAGAAGAAGAGAGAAGAAAAACCUAGAAUUUCCUCUCUUUUGGUCUGUAAUUUUCUCGUAAAUUUUGGAUGUGUUUGAAUCAGAGGAUUUGAAAUUGUGAUUUUCGACAUUUGGGGUUUGAAUUGGAUUGGAUAUGUUGAUCCAAAAUGCGCAUGGUUGAGAAUUUGAGCUCCGAUAAGCUUAAGAAUCUAGGGUUUGGAGGUGGGGGAUAUGGAUGUGGAUUCAACGAUGUCGCCGGAAUCCGAUCACGAUCAGAAUAACGGCGCGUCGUCGGAGCAGCUAAACGGCCAGUCAUCGACUGGAGGAUCUCCGCCGGAGACUCCUCAGGAUCAGCAGCAUCCGGCAAAUUCUCAGCAGCAGCAGCAGGACAGUACUCCGGUGGCGGGGCCGAGGUGUGCUCCAGCGUACUCGGUGGUGCACGCUGUUCUAGAGAAGAAGGAGGAUGGUCCAGGGCCGAGGUGUGGGCAUACCUUAACGGCUGUACCGGCGGUUGGAGAGGAGGGUAGCGCCAAUUACAUUGGUCCUAGGCUUAUUCUCUUUGGUGGUGCAACUGCGCUUGAAGGGAAUUCUGCUGCUUCAGGGACUCCUUCUUCUGCUGGAAGUGCUGGAAUUCGUUUAGCAGGUGCUACAGCUGAUGUGCACUGCUAUGAUGUUUUGACAAAUAAAUGGUCUAGGAUGACUCCUAUAGGAGAGCCACCCACGCCAAGGGCUGCUCAUGUUGCUACAGCCGUUGGAACCAUGGUUGUUAUUCAGGGUGGAAUUGGUCCAGCUGGUUUGUCAGCUGAGGAUCUUCAUGUUCUGGACCUUACACAACAGCGCCCGCGAUGGCACAGGGUUGUGGUCCAAGGACCUGGUCCAGGGCCACGUUAUGGCCACGUCAUGGCUUUGGUAGGGCAAAGAUAUCUCAUGGCUAUUGGUGGAAAUGAUGGAAAACGACCUCUAGCGGAUGUUUGGGCCUUGGAUACAGCUGCCAAGCCAUAUGAAUGGCGCAAAUUGGAACCUGAGGGUGAAGGUCCACCUCCUUGCAUUUGCAAAGUCCUCGAGUGGUUGGAGGAUGAAGAAGCUGGAUACCAGAAAUAAAGAGCUGUUGAAGGUACGCAACUGCAAGUGCGCGAUCUGACGGUCUUCUUCUGCUUUGUGGAGGGAGGGAUGCCAAUAGCGUG